AUGACGGAGGCUUCAACUUCAACAGCACUAAGUUCCCAUACUGUCCAUCAGAAUACAUCAACGCAGGAUGUUAUGACCACAAUAGUGUACAAUGCAGUGGUGUGUGGCGGUAUGGUACUUGCGUUUCUAAUUCUGAGACUUCGAUUUAAACGUAUUUAUGAACCCAAGUCUAACUUCAAAAUUGUUCCUCCAAAUCAACGACCAGAUAAGCUUCCCAAAACACCAUGGGGAUGGUUUAAAACUCUACUCACUAGACCAGCUAGGCAGACAAUUUCAGAGGCCGGUGUAGAUGGGUAUUUGUUCCUUCGGUACCUAAAAGUUUUCACCUCGCUUUUUUUAGGUGGAAUUUCCACGUGGGUGAUUCUUCUUCCAAUAAACAUGACACACAGUAAGCAGGAGACUGGAUUGGAUCAGCUGGGAAUUUCUAACGUUGGAACGGCAAAACGAUAUUAUGCACAUGCAGUUGUUUCAUGGCUCUUUUACGGUAUAUCUCUUUUCACAAUAUACAGAGAACUUGUGUUCUAUACAAACUUUAGAAAUGCUAUUUUGGUUUCUCCAGCACAUGCGGGAAAGUUGAGCACACGUACAGUUAUCUUUCAAAGCGUCCCAGAUGCAUUUUUAGAUGAGAGGAGAAUAAGAAAACUUUUUGAAGGGGUGAAACAUGUAUGGAUUGCACGUGGUCAGCGGAAAUUACAGAAACGGGUCAAUGAGCGAGAACGUGCUUGUCGUAAUCUGGAAGGUGCUCUUUGUAAACUUCUUAAAAAGGCUAUGAAAAAGCUAAAGAAAGCAGAAAAGAAAGGACAUAUAAUUGAGCCAGCAGAUGAACUUGAACAAUACGUUCCUCGUAAGAAAUGGCCACGUUUGCGUCCAUCGAAGUUUAGCCGCAAGGUGGAUAUGAUAGAUUACUAUAAGAAGAGAAUUCCAGAAUUAAAUGAAGAGAUCGAGGAAUUGCAAAAUGGUUACAAGUUAUCGAAUCCGAUGAAUUCCGUGGCGGUUGAAUUUGUUAACUUAUCCUAUGCUCAAGUGGCAUUUCAGCAGGAACCAUAUGAUCAACCUCAGUACUUCACUCCCCGCCAAUUUGGUGUUGAGCCUAGUGAUAUUUUCUGGCCAAAUAUGCAGAUUUUCUGGUGGGAGAGGAUUAGUCGACGUGCUGUAGGUGUUUCUAUCAUUACUGUUUUGGUUAUCUUCUGGGCUAUUCCAUCAGCAUUGGUGGGUAUGAUAUCGAAUCUUACAUAUUUAACCAACAAACUAACUUUCUUGCGCUUCAUUUACAAACUACCAAGUUCUCUACUUGGCCUUGUUACAUCACUUCUCCCAACCGUGAUGAUGACACUUUUGAUGAUGAUUCUCCCGAUGUUUAUCCGAUUUGUGGCAAAGCUUAGUGGAGCAAUUUCUAUUCAACAAAUUGAAUAUUACACACAACAAUCAUAUUUUGCAUUUCAGGUGAUUCAAGUGUUUUUAGUGACUACAGUUGCCUCGUCAAUAACAUCGGUCAUCACACAAAUCAUGGACCGUCCAUCCUCUGUCAUGUCACUUCUCUCCAGUAACUUGCCAAAAUGUUCGAAUUUUUUCGUUUCAUACGUUCUUUUCCAAGGCUUUUCUAUUUCCGGUGGUGCUCUUCUGCAGGUUGUCACAUUAAUCCUAUUUUACUUCUUAGGCCAACUACUAGACAAUACACCAAGGAAGAAAUGGAUUCGGUUUAAUGAUAUCGGCUCUUAUUCAUGGGGUACAACAUUUCCAGUGUAUACAAACUUGGCUGUUAUUACAUUUGCAUAUUGUAUCAUUUCACCAGUUAUUCUCCUCUUUGCUGGUGCAUCAUUCUUGAUUUUAUAUAUCUGCUACCAGAACAACAUCAACUAUGUAUAUGGUCAGGCUCCAGAUGCUUUGGGCAUAUAUUAUGUCCGUGCUCUUUUCCAGAGCAUGGUUGGAAUAUAUUUAGGAGAAAUAUGCUUGAUGGGCAUAUUUGCUGUUUCAAAAGCCUGGGGUCCUGUUAUAAUGGAGCUUAUAUUUUUGGUUGCAACGACAUUUUUUCACAUUCAGCUCAACAAUGCAUAUGAUGCACAUCUUAAGGUUUUACCAAAUACCGUUAUGCGUCCAUUAGAUGGAAAAACAGACACUAUUUCGUGGACGAAUCGUAAACAUGAAAACGAUGAUCAGUUAACAAACAAGGCUGCUUCACAGGCCGACUACAUUUCCAGAUAUAUACACAAAGAAGUUCCACUUCUUAUUGAUGGUGAGCAUGGUAAUCAGGAGGCAAAAAGGACAAAUUUCUUGGUUCGAUUCUUCAAACCGAAUACGUAUCUAUCAUACACGAGCAUACAAUCAUAUAUUCCAGACAGAUUCCGAGAACUUCCAAACGAGUCACCCGAGUACAUUGAACAUGCUUACGAUUAUAAGGUUGUGAGUGAGAAAUGCCCAAAAGUCUGGAUUCCACGCGAUCCAAUGGGUAUUUCACAAAGCCUAGCUUUUGAGUUCAAGGAUGUCGUUGAGAUAGUUGAUACAAAUGCAUUAUUUGAUGCCUCUUGUAAUAUAAUAUGGACUGGUCCACCACCAGAGGAGAAUUUCUUUGAGGGUGAUGAUAAGAGUAGUGAGAAUACUGAUCUAGAUAAUAAAAAGGACAGGAAAAGCUUGCUAUUUGGAUGGACCGACAAAUUACCGAUCAACCCAUUUACAAUAAACAAGCGUGGUGACAAGGAUAAUGAAGCUACCCGGGAGGAUGCUGAAAAGUCAGCAGAUGAAAGUGAAGGACCGUUUGCAUAG